AUGCCUUCAACCUCUUACUCCGAAGACGCUGUUGAGAACGCACGUCUGAUCAACGCCCUCUUAGUCACCACCAUGUCGAUCUUGAGCUGGCUUUCCCUUGCCACGAUUGUUACAGCGCUGUUCAACACUACUUUCGAGGUGACACUUGACAACUUCUCCCCUUCGUUCGCCACCGACUACGGUGACGGCUUGUACGGCCCAUGGUGGGUAUAUGACCGCAAUACAGGCUUCUUCCAAAACAACCCCGUCGGGCGCUCUUCGGGUGGAUUGGAUGUUUGCUUCGUGGCCCAGGCUUUCCGGGUCUUCGGGGAAGCCGAAGUACGUCCGGAGCGGUCGUCUCCAGAGACAUCAAAGGGGUUUGUCGGUGCCGCUGCUCUUGUUGGUUCAGAUAAGCCGUCGCUGAACGAGUGGGAGAAACAGGCGACCUACCGUCCAACGGUAGUGGGGUCCGGUGCAGCGAUGGACAUGCGCACAUCGGCAUUCUCGUCGGGUGACCUUGUGCCGGACAGUGGCAACCCCUGGGAAGUCGGCCAAAACUUGACGUGGCCUAUCUUCUCGGGCGACAACAUGGUGCUGCGUUCUUUGCAAGAGUUGACAGUCACAUUGCCUCCAAACACCUCUCUCGCUCGCGUGCACGGGCCGGUCGGGCAUUUUGGAGGCUUGCCCUCUGUCAAUAGCUCAGGGCUGCUCCGAAACGGCAUAAAGCUGCGCCGCUUCGACAAGACCUGUACGGCAAUCCUCGACCCACUACCGCCAUGGUUCAACCAGUCUGCGGGUAUCGAUGCACUCCCCAUGGCAUGGCAGUCAACUGGCAGAAACAUUACCAACAGCACCUUGUUCCUCUUCCCCCUCGACCCAAGUGUACGAUACACACUCAAAGUGCUUCCACGCUACAACACCUCGGUCUGCGCCGUAUCAGGUAUCACAACAUAUCCGUUCCAUUACGACUAUCAGCGGGCCACGGAAGACAUGACAACUGAGGUGGAGAAUGGUGGAAAGUCUGAUAAGACUGGUGCUAUCAUCGGCGCUGUCGUGGGUACAGUGGGCUGCUUGCUGGCUGUCGCUGUCGCUGUCUUCUUGACCCGUUCCUACCUCACGAAGCAUCGUUCAAAGCCUGAAAAGGGCUUUGUGGUAGACCGCCCCGGAUCGGGAGAAAUUGUGCCAUUUGUCCAGCAGCCGGGUGCCUCCGCCGGUGUCACCUUCCGCAAGGGUGGGGCGAGCGCCAACAACCCAUCACUCCUGAUCAGGUGGCGUGACAUCGAACACGAACGGACGGACAGAAUUGGCGAUGAUUCGAUCUCUACGACCCGCUCUGGGUCCAGUCAACCCCUUUUGAGCACCACGCCCACUUCUGACGUGGAAGAGGGGGUAGCCAUCUCAGGAGAUGAUUCCAAUGCGGAGGCUGGCCCGUCAUCCCGUCGGGCUGUGCAUGAGGAGGACAACGAAGAUGCUUCUGUCGAUGUGCUUCCUCCACUGUAUAGGGAGUCAUGGGAUCAGCACCGUCGCAGGCAAGACCUGGAUUCAGGGGCGAGCGGAGUUCGUUUGGCGGAGGAGUGCCGGCGCCCCUAA